AUGAAUACCGCACAGCUAGAUGCCGCCCAACAGGCGAAACUGCAGCUGAUGCAAGAGAUGGAAAUAGAGAUGAUGUCCGAUUUGUACACCCGGAUGACACAGGCUUGUCACAAAAAAUGCAUCCCGCCAAAGUAUGCCGAUGCUGAGCUUGGCAAAGGCGAAUCGGUCUGCCUGGAUCGCUGCGUGGCAAAGUAUUUGGAGAUCCACGAACGAAUAGGAAAAAAGCUGACCGCAAUGUCCGCACAGGAUGAGGAUUUGAAGAAAAAGAUGGGCGUUUAAGGGUUGUUACGUUAGUGCGUAAUAAGUGAGGUGUUGGAAGGGCUUUACCAGAUGAAGUUCGUUAAGACUUGAGGUAGCUUAUCCGAUUUAGUUAGAAUUUGUGACCAUACAGAUACAUUUUCGUUAUCAUAUACCGUUUCUCAAAGCAGGGUGUGCUACGGCGUGUACCAUAAGUUUUAUUAUGUAUGUGAAACGCCAAGAAGUGUUUAUUCUACGAUGAGAAAUAUGUAAAAUGUGAA